GGCCUUUUUGGUUAAGGGAAAGAAAAAGAGGCCCUUUGCGAAGAAGGGUUUUUUGGCCCUGUAAACAUUUUAAUACUUUCCCAAUGGAGCCCAGGUUGUUCCCGGUCAUCCCCAGUUAUUCUCUGUGGAGCCCAGGUAGAGAUCACGAACCGGGGCUCCACCGACAUCAAAGUAAGACUGGGCCUUAAGACAGUUAAGAAAGUUCAUACUUUAUACAUUGCACUCCAAAUAUUAUGUUUAGAUUAUGAAUGAAACCAAUACUAGUGCCAUUUGAUGUACAAUUACAUUUUUAAGCAUGGUCUAAAAGUUAGUAAGCGCCUGUUUUGUAAGCAAAUGUUUUUAAAUAUAUGAUUCUUCAAAAAGGUGGAUUGUACUAAUAUUUUAUUAUUAGUGUCAUAUUUGUUUCAUUAAGUAGACCUACGUUGCAAAUUGCAUGUCAUUCAUUAAAAUCUGUUUCAGGGUGCAAGAUCAACAGGGUUCUCUGGGGUUAUUGGAAUAUGUUUGCAAAAAUCUUAAGUGCAUAAAAGACAGUUAUUCUACACAGUUUUUCUUGCAGUUUGUGUCCAUAUCUUAAGAUUUAAGAAUACAUUAUUUAAUACAUCUGAAAUCUGUGCCAAAAUUUCAUGUUGCAUGCAGCAUAAACAUGUAGAUAAAUGUUCUACACGCUGAAUGUUUUAACAAGAACACGGGCUUAUUAAAUAAAGUAAUUCUGAUGUUUUUUUAUUACCAUAAGCCACAUAAGAGACUGUCUCAUGCACUAGUUGAAAUUCUUCAGAAAAAAUAGUUUUAAAAAGUUAUUUGAAAAAAAAAAGCACCACUUACAGACUGGUGUGAAUACAUCGAUUAAUAUCCAUUUGUACACCCCAUAAAGUCAUGUGAUCCUGCACCCUGGUUUAAGUUUUCUGGUCUGUAAACUUUGCAAAAAUUGCUCAACAGUUUUUUCCUUCAAUGAGAUGGUGUUCAUUGUUUAGAUUACUUAGCUCUCUGUUUCAUAAAAUUGUCAAUUUAAAUGUCAGUGCUUUGCAGAAAGUUAAGUAGAUAAAUUGUAUAUAAAACAUAGUUUCUCAUGAGUUAGGAUGGAGUUAUUGGACUGAAACUUUGUGUGAGGUUUUGGCUGAAACUUUGUGUGAGGUAUUGGGCUGAAACUUUGUGUGAGUUAUUGGGCUGAAACUUUGUAGUGCUCAACAAUGGGAUUGUGUAAGAGAAAAGACAGCCAGCCAGAAAUCAAAGAUCCUGCAGCAAUGGGGGAUGGCAAAGUUGUUCUGAAAAAGCAGAUUAACCUAUUCCAGGGUGUCGCAAUUAUUGUAGGUAUCAUAGUGGGCUCAGGAAUCUUUGUCUCACCUGUGGGAAUUCUCCAAAAUGUUCGUUCCGUCGGUAUGUCGUUUGUGCUAUGGGUCAUCUGCGGUAUAUACAACGCACUGGGAGCCGUGUGCUAUGCGGAACUAGGUACGAUGAUUCCACAAGGGGGAGGUGAAUACAUAUACAUCAGGAGAGCGUUCGGGGAUAUCGCCUCGUUUGUCUGCCUGUGGAUAGACUUCGUGCUGAUAUGCCCAGUAGGCAUUGCUGCGAUGGGUCUCAUGUUCUCCGUGUAUCUGUUAAAGCCAAUAUAUCCAGACUGUGAUGUACCAGAACUGCCACAGAGAUUACUUGGAGGUCUUAUAACAUGUCUCCUGAUAGCUGUAAACUGUGUGAAUGUGAAGUGGGCAACCAAGGUCCAGGUUGUGAUUACCAUCAGUAAACUAGUGGCAUUGGCAACCAUCAUCAUUAUAGGCUUCUACUUCAUUGCCAAAGGUGAGACGGAGAGCUUCCAAGACAGCUUUGCAGACAGUGACACCAGUGCGGGGGCCAUCGCUCUGUCCUUCUACUCUGGGUUCUGGGCUUACAGUGGAUGGAGUUACCUGAAUUUCCUUGUGGAUGAAAUGGUCAACCCUGUAAGAAACCUGCCGCUGGCCAUCUUCAUCUCCAUGACACUGGUGAUCUGCGUGUACCUGCUGGCCAACGUCGCCUACCUCGGAGUGCUUUCCCCUCUCCAGAUGCUUUCCUCACCUGCUGUCGCUGUGACAUUUGCUGAUCAGACACUUGGACCCCUGAAGUGGGUCAUGCCAAUCCUGAUUGCCAUAUCUGUAAGCGGCACAAUGAAUGGAACAGCCCUUUCCAUGUCAAGACUUUUCUUCAUUGGUGCUGGCAACGGACAUCUGCCUCAGUUUGUCUCCAUGAUCAACUACAAGCGACUCACACCCAUGCCCUCUCUCCUUACAAUUCUGGUGUUGACAUUGAUAUUCCAAAACAGCGGUGAUAUCUUUUACCUGAUUGAGAUGGAAGGCUUCGGGUUUGCGUCCAUCCUUGUAAUGACCUUUGCCAGUCAUGUCUACCUGCGUUACAAGGAACCUGAUCUUCCAAGGCCCAUCAAGGUACCAGUGGCCUUACCGGCGGUGCUGUGUGUAGUUAGUGUAGCCAUAGUAGUACUCACAUUCUACCAGAAGCCCAAAGAGAGCUUUCUGGCUCUUGGCCUGGUUGCCCUGGGUAUUGUGCUCUACUUGGUCUGCGGCAAGUGGAAGACCAAGCCAAAGUCUAUACAGGAGAAAAUAGAUCAUGUGACCAUGUUUAUACAACGUCUGCUGCUAGUUAUACCGCCAUCUAAACCAGAAGAUUUGCAGUUUGAAUGAACAGUCACUUAGUUAUACCGCCAGCUAAAAAAGAAGAUUUACAGUUUGAAUGAACAGUCUACUAGUUAUACCACCAGUUAACCCAGAAGACUUGCAGUUUGAAUGAACCGUCACCUAGUUAUACCGCCAGCUAAACUAGAAGAUUUGCAGUUUGAAUGAACAGUCACCUUGUUAUACCGCCAGCUAAACCAGAAGAUUUACAGUUUGAAUGAACAGUCACCUAGUUAUAACACCAGUUAACCCAGAAGACUGGCAGUUUGAAUGAACAGUUACCUAGUUAUACUGCCAGCUAAACCAGAAGAUUUACAGUUUGAAUGAACAGUCUACUUUUUAUACCACCAGUUAACCCAGAAGACUUGCAGUUUGAAUGAACAGUCACCUAGUUUUACCGCCAGCUAAACCAGAAGAUUUGCAGUUUGAAUGAACACUAGUUAUAACGCCAGCUAAACCAGAAGAUUUACAGUUUGAAUGAACAGUCACCUAGUUAUACAACCAGCUAAACCAGAAGAUUUGCAGUUUGAAUGAACAGUCACCUAGUUAUACCGCCAGCUAAACCAGAAGAUUUACAGGUUGAAUGAACAGUCACCUAGUUAUACCACCAGUUAACCGAGAAGACUUGCAGUUUGAAUGAAUAGUCACCUAGUUAUACAACCAGCUAAACCAGAAGAUUUGCAGUUUGAAUGAACAGUCACCUAGUUAUACCGCCAGCUAAACCAGAAGAUUUUCAGGUUGAAUGAACAGACACCUAGUUAUACCGCCAGCUAAACCAGAAGAUUUACAGGUUGAAUGACCAGUCACCUAGUUAUACAGCCAGCUAAACCAGAAGAUUUGCAGUUUGAAUGAACUGUCACCUAGUUAUACCACCAGCUAAACCAGAAGACUUGCAGUUUGAAUGAACAGUCAACACCCAACCGUGUAGACUUUCUUUUGCCUACUGUUGGCAGCAUAGGUUGAACAUGUGACACAUUUAGGUUUUCAAAAGCAUACAUGUAUUAAUAACCAUAAUUUAAAUUGGUUUACAAGAUGUGACUGUUAGACAUAUCAAACCUACUGUGUAAUUAUUCGAUAUAAUUAAGAAGUGUUUUGAAUGUAAACAAGUUUUACCCUGAAAUCACUUUAUUUGAGCGCUAGUGUAGGAAUUAGGAACAUCAAAUUCGUCUCGUGAACAUGUGACUUGCUUGGUUUUCAAAAGAAUAUUAAUAGCAAUAAGUGUUUAAUUACAAAAGACAUUAUUGUGAUAGUGCUUUUAAGGCGGACAAUUAAGAGUAUAAUCAAUUGAAACAGGGAAUGCAUAUUCUUUUUUAAAAACUCGUAUUCAAAAUAUGUUUUUCUUUUUUGUCUCAAAGGCUAGAAUUCGUUUUAUUUUUAUGUUAUUUGCAAAUUAAUUUCUAUUAAAUCUCAUGGAUUGAUGUUAUGCUUAAUGCUUAUAUCAAAAGUAUUAACAUUUGAAUAAAGA